CCUUCCUUCUUUUGCGCCGCUCCGCGAGGCAGAACAGCUUGAGAACGUGAUCGAUCGAAUUUCAAAAAAGGCACACACCUACCCCUGUGCUCCCAGAAUCACGAAAUUACAACAAAUCUCCUGAUCUCAACAAUCGGGAGUUCGAAUUUCGUGAUUUUAUCAAAUAGUGUGUGUUCUGACGAAUAUCCAACGCCCUCAAGGCGAUUGAUUACCUAACAAGAAACCCACCGCACUAACAAGAUGUCCAACAAGGGAUUGGCCGAUCCGGUUGCGUUCGCGAAGGAUUUCAUCGCCGGUGGCGUGUCAGCUGCCGUCUCCAAGACCGCGGUAGCCCCUAUCGAGCGUGUCAAGUUGCUUCUCCAAGUACAGCACGUCAGCAAGCAGAUCGCCGAGGACCAGCGCUAUAAAGGUAUCAUCGAUGCAUUCGUCCGCAUUCCUAAGGAGCAGGGCUUUCUAUCAUUCUGGCGUGGAAACCUCGCCAACGUCAUUAGAUACUUCCCCACACAGGCCCUAAACUUCGCCUUCAAAGAUAAGUACAAGCAGGUCUUCCUCGGUGGAGUUGACAAGAACACCCAAUUCUGGCGCUGGUUUGCCGGUAAUUUGGCGUCUGGUGGUGCCGCCGGAGCGACCUCCCUCUGCUUUGUAUACCCAUUGGACUUUGCCCGUACCCGUCUUGCAGCUGACGUCGGUAAAGGCGAUGGACAGCGUGAAUUCAGUGGAUUAGGAAACUGCAUCAGCAAGAUCUUCAAAUCAGAUGGACUUACAGGAUUGUACAGAGGUUUUGGAGUAUCCGUACAAGGUAUCAUUAUCUACCGUGCAUCAUACUUCGGUUUCUAUGACACAGCCCGUGGAAUGUUGCCCGACCCCAAGAACACACCAAUUGUAAUCAGCUGGGCUAUUGCACAGACAGUGACCACAGUCGCUGGUAUCAUGUCAUAUCCAUUUGACACAGUCCGUAGGCGUAUGAUGAUGCAGUCUGGACGUUCUAAGGCUGACAUUCUCUACAAGGGAACAAUCCACUGCUGGGCAACUAUUGCCAAGACUGAGGGCCCAGCCGCUUUCUUCAAGGGUGCAUUCUCCAACGUACUCAGAGGCACUGGUGGUGCUUUCGUGCUUGUCUUAUACGAUGAGAUCAAGAAGGUCCUGUAAAUCUAAUAUAAGAAUAAUGUUACCAUAUUUGAAUUGUGAUUUAAAAUCAAUACAAUAGUAACUUCAAAUCAUGUAUUAUUAGAUCAAAAUGCAACCUAGUAACUUAUUUUAGUUAAAUAAAUGUUAAACUGAAUGAUUCCACUA